AAAACUCUCGGGGAAAUACUUGCAUUUAGCACUCCGUUCUAUAUUUUGGGACGAGCUGUAGCCCAUUCCACAGACCAAUCUUCUCCUGUUUCUCAAACUUCUAUGCCACUCUCAUCCUCUUUUGGGUCCAUUUUGAAAUUUGGUUCACUUUCUUGAUCAAGAUUGUACUAGCUAGUACCUAUGUGUCUUUACUAGUUUUUGUUGUUGCUAUAGUAACACUGUACACUUGAAUAUUUUUUGCCCUUUUCCUUUGUAGUUAAAUACAUUCUACGUUGCAAGUAAAGGGUCCUGAAUAUAAUUUUAUCAGCUCCUACAAUCACUUCGUUUCCCCUGCCAAAUAUUGUUCUUCAGAGUCGACUCUUUUCGCAGGAAAUGUUACCACUGCUGUUCACUUCCUUUCUUCUCUUUGCACUGUCUCAUUCUCGUCAAGAACCACAACAGCAUCAAGUCCUAAUUAAGCAGUCUUCCUCUUUGCUUCCAAAUCAUUGCAAUGAGAAGUGUGGAAAGUUGCUUGUACCGUUCCCGUUUCACUUGAACACUUCUUGUGCCUCAGUUUCCAGUGCUUUCCAUCUCUCUUGCUCAAUUUCCAAUACGCUUUCCCUCAACAUUGACUCUCAAAGCUAUAGAGUUAUUGAAUUCUUCGCUGAUGGUAUUUUAGUGGACUUUCCAGGUAGCUCUGCUUGUCGAAGAUACAACGAUUUGAACUCAUUCGGUUUCAGUGGAAAUGGAUUUUUUGGGAUAUCAAUGGACAACGUCAUUGGCUUGUAUGAUUGUGAAGACUCUUCCUUGUGCAAGGCAGAGUGUGAAACGAUCGACUUGUCUGGCUGUGAUGGCAACUCCAAUGCCUCUCCCUCCUGCUGUUAUCCACUUUCUGAUCACAGUUCAUGGGAACCUGGAGAUGGGUUUUCUGUUUUUUCCAAGUAUGGAUGCAGAGGAUUCUCUUCUUGGGCUGUUUCUCCCGGUUCUAAUACUGGAAAGCGCGGGGUUAAAUUGGAAUGGGCGGUUCCUGGGAAUUCAUCCAAAAAAGCUUGUGCUACCAAUGCAAACACUGUCAAUGCCACCAUAGUUGAAGGAGGAGUAAGGUGCAAAUGUCAGGACGGGUUUGUUGGCGAUGGAUUUGCCAGUGGAAUGAGAUGUUUGAAAUCCUGCAUCAAGAACGGAUUGGAAGCAAAUGGGACUGAAUGCUACACAAAAAGACGCAGUGGGAAGACAGUUUCCAUUUUAGCUGGAGUUCUUGGCCCAAUAUUUAUCAUUGCCUCCCUAAUUGCACUAAUAUGUCUGAUGAAACGACCUGGUAAAUCCGGCGCAUAUGACCCUGACCAGGCACAUUUUCAUAGCACAAUCUCAUUCAGAAAAGCUUGUAGGACUCGACUAUUCAAUUACCAAGAGCUGGAGGAAGCCACUAAAGGUUUCGAAGAAGAUAAGAAUCUUAUCCAUAGCGCCAAUGGCAGUAUUUAUGCAGGAGUCCUUGGAGAUGGUUCACAUGUAGCGGUGCAUAAGGUUCAGUGUCAAGAUGAAAGAGACCUAAUGCAGGUACUGUCCAGAAUUGAGGUUCUAUCUGGGGUUUUACACAGGAACGUGGCACGUCUUAUUGGAUGCUGUAUCGACUCUGGCUACACCCCACUAGUUGUUUAUGACUACACGGCAAAUGGCACCCUGGAAGAGCAUUUGAAACAAAGCAGUAGACAAAAAACUGGACUCGAUUGGUACAAGAGAAUGAACAUUGCCGCUGAAAUUGCCUGUGUCCUCGCGUUCUUACAGUUUGAAAUUUUUCCAUCAAUCUUUCAUCAUAACAUCAAGUCCGGCUGCAUAUUUUUAGAUGAAGAAUUAUCAGUUAAAAUUGCUGGGUUCAGGCUGCUCGAGUCGAAUGAAUCUUAUUCAUAUAGCAAUUCUGACGGCCCGCGUACUCACAGAAGUGAUGUGUACGACUUCGGUGUGCUGUUGCUAGAGUUAAUUACUGGAUCAGAAAACAAAGAACUACCAGCUGUAGCGUUGCAGAAAAUCAGAAGUGGGAAGCUAGAAGAAAUUGUCGAUCAAAGUCUAUAUUAUCACGAGCAACCCCCAUUUCGGAAAGAGCAAAUAGAUAUAGUUGCAGACAUAGCAACGAGAUGUCUGCUGUUUGGCGGAGAUGGGAAAAUUGGGAUGAUAGAAGUUGCAAGAGAGCUAAUACACAUUACAAAAGAGAGCAUUGAUGGAAGUAGCAGAAGGGGGCCCGCACUUGAAGAGACGUUCUCAAAUUCAAGCCUUCUUCAGAUGAUAUCAAUGUCUCCCGACUCCAUAUAUGUGGCUUGAAACUGUUGUUGCUGGAAGCGGCAGGAUUAAGGUUCAGCCCCAUUUUCACCAGUGACCAAAAUAUUACAGUGUACAUCUCUUACACAUAUAUAAUAUGCGCGUGCAUCUUUUUGUUCAGCAAGUCAAUGAACCGAUCAAAAGAAAAAAACUGGAAUUAUUAUA